AGCGUCACGCGUGUGUUCAAGUGUCAGAGUGCUUCACCAAAAAUAAACAAAUCAAAAAAUAAAUAAGAGAAGUAACGAAAACGAAAAUCAAAAGUUAAAUAAAAAGGAAAACCCAAAAAAUGUCGCCAAUUCUCUUGACAACAACGACACAAGCAGCCACAGCCACAGUCACUGAGGAUUAUGCUGCAAUGGAAACAACAACGUUGGCAUCCUCAACAUCUGAGCUCUAUGCCGACUAUAUUGCCGCACCGGCUAGCAGCAUGAGUCCUGCAGCCAUUGCGGAGCACAUGCAACAAAACCAAAUCACCUUUGAGAUACCCACGGCCCACGAUCUCCGACACAUUGAUGCCCUCCACUCGUUCAAUGCACUGUUGCAGCGCAUCGGCAAUGCAGUGGCCUACGACACAUCCUCGUCGCUAUCAUCGGCCGGUGGACAUGUGCCCUGGUCCCAUGACUCCACAAUUACCACCGAACAGCUGUCGAAAUCAGUGGUCCUCGAUCUGGCCGACUUGCGUGAGCAUAAUGCCAGCUCCAGUGACUCAUCAUCAGGCUCGUCCUGGGAGCAAAUCUUCGGCGAUGCGGACAUGCACGCCAUUAUUAACUAUCUGUGGAUUGGUGUGGUCACAUCUCUGGUGGUGCUGUCCCUCAUCUUUAUAGUGUUCAGCUGUUACUUCUAUCGCAAGUUUCGCACAUGGAAAAAAUGCAAUAAGGACAUACGUGCACAAAUACAUGGCUCUGACUCCUCCUAUUCCUCGCACCUGGUCAGCUGUGACAGGAGUCUGCUGCAGCCCACAGUGGCGGGAGCUAGCGCAGGUGCUGGUGGUGGCGCUGGAGGACUGGGAAAUGAGGCAGCCUUCUAUCAAAUCGAAUCACCACCAUGUUAUACAAUUGCCACCGGUUUGCCGAGCUACGAUGAGGCAUUACAUCAUCAACCGCGCCAUUUUGCUUAUGGCAUGAAAUUUAUGUAUCCCAGCCUGGCAGCCGUGCAUCAUCAUCAUCAUCAUGCGUGCAGUGCAGUGGCCGCCAGCCAGGCAGCCAUUUCGAAUUGGGAAAAGGACGAACUGCAGCGUCAGAAUAAACUGCAAAAGUGCAAACUGUCAACAACAGCGACAGAGAUGGUCACAGAGGCGGGGCCGGAGACAGAGACAGGGGGAAAAAGGCCAGCACCCGCUGCCAUUUGCAUUAACAUGCCCACAGACGAUGUGGAGCAGCAGUUGAAUGGAGGCAGCAGCAGCAGCAGCAGCAGCAGCAGCAGCAACAACAAUGUGGUGGGAACAACAACCACAGCGACCAGCAGCCGCAGUCCGAUGCAAAGUUUGUUGCCUGCCGCUGCUGCUGACGAUGAUUGUGCCUCAUUGGUUGUUGUUGUUGCCGCGUGAUUGCCUACCAACUAAAGUGCCUCAUCAGAGGGCAUCAUCAGGGCGGGCGGGAGAUAAAGGGUUUUAGUCACUUUGUAUUAAGCGCUUGUAAAUACACACACCUACACACACACACACACACUCGCAUAGUUGCGUCGUCUGUCUGUCAGUCGCGCUUUUGUCCCAACUGCUGGUUAACUUCGAGACUUAAACUACGUGUUCUCAUUAAAUGUACGCCGACAACAUUAAGUUAAAGUACUAAACUCUCCAUCUUCUUCCUCUGCACUGUGUAAAUGAUUUAAUUUUGUUUUUAAAUUAUUUGUUAUUAUCGCAAGACUGAGUAUUAUUAUUUAUUAUGUACUGUAUAUAGAAAUCAGUAAUUUAGAAAAUGUCUAUACAUUAAGAUUACCUUUUAAGAGAAAGAGAGAGA